GGUGGUGCCCAGCAGCCCUGGCAACCGGCUGCAGCUUGUCCCAAACACCCAGCAAGCCAUGGGCAUGCAUGGCCACCUCACCUUCCUCCUCCUCAGCCUCUUUGGCCCAGGGACUUUCGUCAGAGCAACAGCCCUGCCCGACUUGCCACGUGUGGUGGCCCUGAGUGAGGACGCCAUGUCAGGCACCCGCGUCGCUGAGGUGACUGUGUCCUGCAGCAACUCAAGCAGCAGUCCCAAUGUCACCCUGGAUAGCAUCGAGCCCAACCACCCCUUCAACUCCAUUGCCAUCAGCUCCGUGGAUGCCACCACGUUCCGGGCAGAGGUGACACUGCGUGCUGGUGUAGAGCUCGAUGCUCACCAGGUGAACCAGUACACGCUGAUCCUUCGGGCUGCUUGUCCCGGUGAGGAUGAGGUGGAAGAGCGGCUCUUUGUCUGGGUGACAGCAGGGCAUGUGCUGCGCUGUGACAGCCCCUUUGCCAGUGCAGAGGGUGACGUGGUGCAGGUGCUGGCAGAUGUGGCACCCCGGACACCCCUGUAUGCGGUGCUGCCACAGCCGCUUGGUGGGCUGACGUUCAGGCUCCGAAACCACAACACACCACUCACGCUCACCCGCCGGGGCCUGGUGCUGGCACCUGACAAUGGUUUUGACCCCUACAAGGACACCCAGACGUUCAGGUUGGAGAUUGAGGUGAGGGAUCGUCGUGGGCACAACUGCAGCGGGGCUGUAAAGGUGGAGGUGUUGCCAUCACACCGUCCCCACAUCACCUUCCCGGAGCCACACCGGGCUGUGACGGUGACAGGAGGCAUUGGCCCCUGGGAGGUGGUCACACAGGUCCAUGCCAGAGGUGACAAUGUCCGCUAUGCCCUCCUUGCUCCUGUGGCUCCUGUACUCUUCACCAUUGACGAGGUGACAGGUGAGAUCCGCAGCACCCGCCGGCUGGAGAUGACCCGUGCCCACCUCCUCAUCCGGGCUUACAACGCACUGUGCCCCAAAGACCAGGCCACCGCCACAGUCAAUGUCACCGUGCAGGGGACAGACCGUCAGGCACCAAGAUGUGUCCCAGCCAUCAUCGUGUCCCAGGUGGCCGAAACUGUGUCCCCCGGCAGCACCUUGGUGACACUGAGGUGCACUGACUCUACCGGCACUGAUGGGUGUCUGCACUAUGCUCUUGAGGGGCCUCCCUUCUCCCGCUCCCACUUGUGCAUGGAGGGGCCACAGCUGAAGGUCAACGCCACCCUGGACUACGACUCACAGGCUGUGGCUGCUCUGGGCUUCCAGUUCACAGCCACCAUUGUAGUGACAGUGGGAGGGCAGCCCCUGCAGAGCACCCGUGUGCCUGUGCUUGUGACGGUGACACCUGUCAACGAAUUCAGACCGGCGUGCCCCAACGGUGCCACCUUCACCGUGCCAGAGACAGCGGCUUUCGGCAGCGUCGUGGGGCGUGUGGCUGGCACUGACAAUGACUACCCCCUGGACAGCCUCGAGUACAGCCUGGAGGGGGGGUCUGGCCCUGCACAGCCCUUCUCCAUCGACAGGCACACAGGAGAGAUCCGCGUGGCGGGAUCCCUGGACUCCCAGCGGCAGAAGAAUUACAGGCUGGUGGUGCGGCUGACGGACACGCACAAUGACCUGGACCUAAGGAAGAGGCAGAGCCGUCUGUGCGACGUGUCUGUGCGCCUGCAGGCUGUGCCGGACCAGCUGCCGCUGUGCAUCCCCGAGGUGCAGGAGCUGCGGAUCACGGCCGGGUCCCCGGGCAGCCGCCAGCCUGUCACCCGCCUGGUGUGCUACAGCAGCCCCGACGGCGCCGCACUGACUUACACCAUUGUUGGAGGCAAUGAAGACGGGCGCUUUCGGCUGGAAGGGAACACCCUUGUCUACCUCCCCAGGGACCGAGCCAAGCCCCAGCCCUUUGUCCUACUGGUGGAGGUGUGGGGCGGCUCUGGUGCCCGCCACCGCAGCACGCUGGUGGCACUGGUGGUGCACGUCACCCCCCGGAGCACCCCGGUGCCACCCAGCACCACCACCCAGCACACGACGCUGCGGAAGGAGCCUCUGGUUGUCCUGCAGACAGAGGCAGUGUGGCUCCCGCCGGCCUGGUUUGUAGCCGUGCUGACCAUCUCUGGUGCCCUGCUGCUGGCCACCCUGGGCUGCAUGGCCCGGAACCUGCUGUGCAGAAACUGGGCCCCUGGCAAGCUGUUCCUGGCCAAGAGCUCCUGGGAUGUGGUGGAGCACAGCGGGGGCAAAAAGGAACAGGGACACCCACGUGCCAGUAGCCCAAGGCAGUGUGAUGGCCGUGCUCAGGACCCACGCGCCGGCAGGGACUAUGUCUUCAACAGCGUGUCUGGGGCUUGGCACUGGAUCUGACCAGGCACUGGCAGACAGCUGGCGUGACCCCCGAGGAGGAGACCCAUCCUUCGUGGCCAAACUGCUUCACACGGGGUGCAGGCAGACCCCUAGCACCUCAGCCAGUCUAGACCUAAUAAAUGGUGUCAGAGUUUGCA